AUGCCUAUCAUUGUGCAUGAUGCCAUCGUACUUGAAGAUGCGACAUCUGCGGCGUCACCCGAAGCCGGCGUGCUCGGAAAUGCUCCAUCGUUUGCUCGAAAAAAAUGCGCACCCGCCGUGCCCGCGACAUCUGCGGCGUCAUCCGAAGCCGGUGCCGUGCCCGCGCCGUCGCAAACAGCCGAAGUGGAUGCCGUCCCUGCGCCGGAGGAAGUCGCGCAAGUUGUUGCGCCGCCACUCCAAGUUGACGUUGUCGCUGCUGGCGACGACGAUCUUGUCGUUGCGCCGCUCGAAGGAGGAAACUAG